UUUUUUUUGAUAGAUAGACAUAUUAUAUAGAACAAAAGUAAUCGUUUACUAUUGAUUGGUUACAAAAGUUACUUUUAACUAAACGGGAUAUGUAUCCAAGCAUUAUUGUACAAUGAAUUGAGCGAUAAAUGAACAGACAGUACUGUCCACAUUUACAUUUUGUCACAAGUUCUUUUAGAGGUCUAUUUUCACUUUUUUAGCUUAAUCUUUAUUGAACAUACUACUACUAUUAUUAUUAUUAUUACUACUACUACUAAUACUAUCAUAACUUGAAUAUAUUGAAAUCUGUCAAACUACAUAAGUGAAAUGAUGAAGGAUUGACAUGAAAUGACAUUUCUAUUAUGAUUACUAUACUUUUCAUAUUCAGGAUAUAACUCUAAUGAUUCUUACUACCAUAAUUAAGUUAUAAUUAAAGACAAAAAGAAAACAAAUGGCCAAUUAUCGAACUGAACUACGUAUACCUGUUGAAAGGAAUAAUAAGUCAAUAGCCGAUGAUGAUUACUUCAAAUUUGAUGAUCCUUCAAUGGUAACAUUAAAUGAUAACUGGAAAUAUAAUAGUAAUAAUACAAAUAAUUGGGAUUCACGUAGUCGUCAUACAUCAAACAGUGAACAAAUUUCACAUGAUAUACCAUGGUAUAAACGUUUACGUACAACUUCUGCUGAUCCUAUGAGAUAUACUGAUACAGAUUAUCUCUAUGAUGAUAUGAAACGUAGAAUGGAAGAACGUCGUAGACGAUGGAAUGAAGAAUUUAAACUAUUACAUAAUGAUAUAUUAUUACCUAGUCGAUUAAAAAGUUCAAAUGAUCUAUUCAAUAGUAGAGAAACGAUAAAUUCUCCAACUUCACAUGAUAUCAUAUCAAAAAAUUCUUCAUCAAAUAGUGGUUAUGAACAAUUUCCAGAUGGAAGUGUACAUUUUGUAUCAAAUUUUAAUCUAUCUGGUUAUGAUCCAGAAUUACUUAAAGUAUUUGUACGUGAUGGUAAAUUAAUGGUUGUGGCUAAAACUGAACAUAAUCAUUCUACUAAUAGUAUUAAUACAACUAUGAAUACAAAUAAUUCAAAUAAUAAUUCUAUAUCAUCUUUUCGUGAAUAUACUCAUUCAAUAAAUUUACCUCCAGGAGUAGAUGAUGAAAAACUUUCUGCUGUUUUAUCACUUAAUGGUAUAUUGACUGUAAGCUGUCCUAUGAAACCACCAUCAUUUACAUCAUCAACAAAUUUACAAUCUCCAUAUUCUGAUCAUUUAUCAAAUUCAUUAUGGAAUAAUCAUCAUCAACAUUAUCGUCAUCAUUAUCAAUCACCAAGUAUAAAAUCACAACAACAACAACAACAAUAUUCACGAAAAUUUGAUUUGAAAUCACCGAAAUUUAAUCAUUCAGCACGUUCUUCACAUUCAGAUUAUGAUAUUAUAUCACAUGAUCAACAGGAUUAUCAUAGUCGUCAUCCUUCUUCUUUAAUUCAACAACUACAACAACAGCCACGUAAACAUAGAUUUCGUUUAGAACUACCAAUUGAUUCAGAAUAUUCACCAGGUGAAAUACAAAUUAAAACAUUAAAUCAUCGCAUUUAUAUUAAAGCUCGUCAUGAAGAACGAGCUCCAAAUCGUACUUCUGUAAGAGAAUUUUCUAAAGAAUAUGAUAUUCCGGAUAAUAUUGAUCCAGAAAGUCUUACUGCUAAAUUUAGUAAUGGAAUAUUAUAUAUUGAAGAACCAAUUGUCUAAAUUGUUAUUAAACUUUAUUUAAUUACCGUAACUAAUAAGCAUAGUAAAUUAGCUGUUUCAAAAUAAUUUACACCUUCAUUACAAUCAUUAACUUCUUUAAGAUUUUGAUAAAUCAAUGGGGGAAAAUAGAAAGCAAAUCUUUGUAUAUUUCUAUAAGAGAUUUUUUGACAUAUAAGCAUAGAUAUUAAGUAGUAUCAUUAGUUUAGUUAUUUCUUACAUCAUACACAAAAGCGACUAGAAUUUCAUUUACAUGUUGGUUGUUGUUGUCGUGUGUUUUUUUUAUAGUUUCAAGGUCAUAUUUUUCUACUUAAAACACAUCAAGUCAUUAAUACUUUUAAAAAAUAAAAAGUUUGUGAUU